UCGUUGCCAUAGCAACAGUGCUUGUCUCCGAGGAAGUUUGUUGUUCCUGUUAAGCUAGCUAGCAAACGUUACAGAUGAAUAUCGUUUUUUUUGGAACAACAAACCUUAACUCUAGAAAUAUAUUACUGUAGCAAAUUAGUUACUUACUUAUUUCUUUUAGAUAUUUAUGAAAGCCAUACCGCUUCUGAAAUUGAACUUGUUUAGCUACACGGUUGGCCUGAAUUUUUCACUUUAGCAGACGUUUGCUAAAUGGAGCAAACUGAGAGCAGAACGAUGCGAUCUCAGAAACACAACAGUGUCAACGAUAGAUGGGUGUGUCUCACCCCCAUGGUCAACAGCUGCAAGUUGCACCUUACAACUGCCAAGUCACUAGAGAGAGCCCAGAGGAUGACUGACUCGCAAGAUCUUGUAAAAGAAACAAAUAUGAAUAAAGGCCAAGCAAUUAAUCAUUCUAACCCAGAUUCCGCUGUGCAUAAUCUAGUACCACUGGUGUGUGGUGCUCAAAGUGGUUUGGAUGCAGUUUCACAUGCAACACAAGACGCAAGAGACACAUCUAGGAGACCAACCAACAGUGCAGGGGCCACUUACUACCGUAAUGCGGUAAACCUUGCCAAGCCAGCAGGUGGUUCUGGAGGAUAUAAAUACAAUACAGUCCCUGGUUUUUCCUUCACUCGAUUGCCCUGUGACAGUUUUGCGUCCAAUGUUCAACGAAUCGACAUGGACAGGCGCUGUCUGGAGGAAUGCCCCCAGUUGGGCCCUAUGGAUGAACUACAGCUUCUCAACCUCCAGCACAAUCUAAUCACAAGGAUCCAGCAUCUGUCACAUCUGCAACAGCUUGUUUUCCUGAACCUGUAUGACAACCACAUUUCUGAAAUGACUGGUAUUGAAUCUCUAAGCUCUCUUAGGAUUCUUAUGCUGGGGAAGAACAGAAUCCAUAAAAUACGCUGCUUGGAAAGCCUGUCCAAACUGACUAUCCUGGAUUUGCAUGACAAUCAGAUCUGCAGGAUAGAAAACAUGUCUCACCUAAUCGAGCUGCGAGUGUUGAACCUGGCAGGAAACAACAUAUCCAGAGUGGAAAACCUGCAGGGCCUCAACUGUUUGACUGAACUCAACCUACGAAACAACUGCAUCUCUGUUGUGACUGAGGUGUACCGCCUGCCCUGCUUGCAGCGCCUCUUUCUCAGCUGCAACAACAUCACCAGUUUUGAUCAGCUAGCCUGCCUUGGAGAGUCACACUCCCUUUCUGAGCUCACCCUGGAUGGGAAUCCUGUAGCCCUGGAGACAUGGUACAAGCAGGCCGUCCUGCGCUGUGUGCUUCAUCUGAGACAGCUGGACAUGAAGCGCAUCACAGACGAGGAUCGGCGCAUGGCUGGUGUACAGGCUCGAAAAGAGGAGGAGAAGAAGAGGGAGAGUCACAAGCAGACGAUUCAUAAGGAGAAGCGGCGUCUGGCGAUCCGUAAUGCAGCACAGCAGUGGGAGGGCGUCAGAGCCUGCCUGGAGCUGCCACCCGCAAAUGGUGCUAAAGAAGAAGUCAGUCCAGAGAACAGCCCCGCCCACAGCCCCGCCCAGACCAAUGGCCUCGCACAGGAAACAUCUCCAGAUGAACCCAGACGGGUAAGUCCAGGUUCAGGACCAGAGCGACCAUCAGGGGGAACGGAGAGCAGACUUCGCACCAACAGCCGUCCAAACAGCCCACGAGAUCCAAAGCUUGUGGAGGCAGGGAGCGGCAGUAUUCAGAGCUUGUCCCUCUCUGACAGUCACCUGGCGGAGCUGGAUGGAGACACGCUGCGUUUAUUCGGAACGGGAGCCCUGGAGGCCCUGGAGAGGGGCUGGGGAGUUCAGACUGCUGGUGCUGUCACUGUAAUAACCUUCCGCUACAUCAACUUUGACGCCAUUGUACCAACACUGCCUCGAAUAAGGAUCAAGUUCCCCAAUCUAUCGCACCUGAUCUUCUUGGAAACCAACAUCAGCCGUCUGCCCCAGCUGGCUGCCUUGACUCAGGUGAGGCGUCUGGACCAGCUGACCAUCCACCCAGAGGGCAACCCAGUGGUCAGUCUGGCUCUGUGGCGCUCCUUCCUCAUCUACCGCCUCCACCACUUCAACCUGCAGAAGAUCAACGGCCAGGAGGUCACCAUGAAUGAUGUGAUCGCUGCAGUGCGUGUGUUUGGGACACUGGGUCAUAUAGCAGCCACCGAAACUCCACGUUGCCGGCUCCUCCUGCUGCUAGAGGAAUCCAGGAAACGUCAGCUGCAAUUCCUGUUAGAGGGACGUGGCAGACGGGCAGGACUGAGUCCGGAGGAGCUGCGAGAUAAUGGGAAGCUCCUGGGAGAAGGCCUGAGCAGGGCGCUGUUCAACUACCCAAGCAGAGACUGCAGUGCAGAGAGCCCUGAGGAGGGCACUGUGGAGUCAUCGGAACGUGCUGCCAUGAUAGAGCAGUACCUGCAGGAGUUGGUCCAAAGGGCAUCAGACACCAAUCUGAAGGGUGAGGCACUACACAAGCUCUGGCCCUCCAUGUUUGCUGAGAUGGUGAGGGACUGUGUGUUGGAGAUGAGGGACCGAGCAGCCUUCCGCCAAGCCAGCCUUGCGAGGCUCUCUGAGACCAAGUGAAGUCAUUCACUCUUAGACUACACACACAAACACAUGUGGACAUAGCUUUACAUAGCCCACAGGGCUUCAUCUGAAACUCCAUUCACAUCAUCACUCAGUGACUUAUCAUCACUGACUAUCAGUUAUUCAAAUCGUUGGAAACUAAGAUCUGUGAUCCCCCAGUGUGUGGGACGCUUUUUAAGAUGGCUGUAGACUUUUUUUAAAGAAGUUAUUGUGACAAAUCCGCCUUGAUUGAAUGUAGAUUUUCGCUGAAAACACACUGUUAUAUUCAUCAAUGCUUGGAGCUGUAACAUACUUGAAGAAAGUUAAAGGGACUUAUUGACUCCCAGUGCAUUGUGGCCCCUACGGAGCAUACUCUGCACUUUUAAAGCUUUCUGAAUGACCCCUCUUCACGUUUAAUGUUAUCAGCUGAAAAUGGCCCGGUGUCUCUUUUGUCGAGACUAAUGUUUCACGCAUCACUCUCUCACUUUCUCCUGUCUGACGUAAAAAGAAGAGGCACAAAGAAGGACAAGGACUUUUCUUUGUUUACCACUGAUUUUCUGUAUUGUAAUUAGUAUUAAACAAUUCUGUAUUAACACUCA